CUUCCCUCUGGUGCUAAGAAGAUUGUUCCCAGUGGCUGUCGUGCAAUGAUUGGGCAGGUAGCUGGUGGUGGCAGAACUGAGAAGCCCCUGCUUAAGGCUGGCAAUGCCUAUCAUAAGUUCCGGGUGAAGAGAAAUUGCUGGCCAAAGGUUCGUGGUGUGGCUAUGAACCCUGUGGAGCACCCCCAUGGAGGAGGAAACCACCAGCACAUUGGGCAUGCAUCCACUGUUCGUCGCGAUGCCCCUCCUGGACAGAAGGUGGGUCUUAUUGCAGCAAGGAGGACAGGUCGGCUCAGGGGGCAGGCUGCAGCAACCGCUGCCAAAGCAGACAAGACCUCUUAGGUUGCAAACCAUUUUCGAAUUUCUUGUUAUAUUUUUGAUUUUCUCAAGGAGUUUUUAGUUAGACUACAGACUCAAUUCAGCAGUUUUUUGAGUAGUUUAUUGUGUUAUUUGAUACUAUUAUGAAGGCCUUGAUAAUCUUAUUUUUGUCGUAUUUGGAUUUGGAUUAUUUUCGGUGAAACUCUGAGUUUGUGCUAGCUUUUCUUGAUUUCAAUACAUUUAUCAUCAGUUUUCUC